AUGAAUUAUCCCACCUUAACGUGUGGGUUGCAAUCAGUCUUGGUACCGAUGGCCCCCAAUAACGCAAAUGCAUUUAAUCCAUGUUUCUAUACAACUACGGUAUCAAUCUUUGCCACGUGUAUUCUUUUAUGGGGUGGAACUGUCUUUUGGCAACAGUGGAGAAAGCUUCAUCAACCAGACUACCUGCUCAAGAAUGUAGGUUCAGCACAGUUUGUUCGAGUUACGGCUGUACUGAUUCAGGUUGUCUUAUUUCUAUAUAUCAGCAGCUUUGUUAGCAUUCACGAGAGGUUAGCGGAUCAAAAGAUUGUUGCUUUUGGUUUGCUAUCAGUUACAAUGCUGUGUGUCAUCUUGCCAUUACAUUUGUUGGAAACUGUGAGCUCUCCCAUUCAGCUAGAUAUACUACUUGUUUUUUGGCCAUGCUUUACAGUACUUGCUAGUGCACUAUAUUUUCAAGACAAUUACACGAAUUGGGUUAUUAUUCAACUGGUGAAAUCGAUUCUGAUUAUUGAGAUCAUCGUGGUGAUAAACAGUAUCAAUAUAUUCGUGUUAGAAUAUUUCAAAUGGCAGCCAAGUGAAGAUAUAAUUCAGGAGUAUAAAAGAGCUGGAUACGAAGAGAAGUUAGAAGAGCCCAAUAUACUUCAACGUCUCACGUUCACUUGGAUGAAUAAAUUAAUCGUCAACUCCUACAAGAACAAGACUGUAACAAACACCGAGUUACCAAAUACACCAAAAGAAAUUUCAACAGUGUAUUCUACCACCAUUUUGGAAAAACAUUGGCACAAUGGGAGCUUGCUCACCAGUUUGCUCAACUCCUUUGGAGGUGGCCUCUUUGUGGCCUUUGGAUACGAGCUAGCAGCUAGAGCACUUAACUUUACUAAGCCACAGUUGUUGAGAUUUCUCAUUUUAUUUUUCACCAUAAAGAACCCACCAAUGUUACGAGGAUCACUAAUUUGCGUGGGGAUAUUUGCCAAUACCGUGGCUCAAAAUGCAUUAAAUAACAAGUACAUGUUGAGAAAUUUGGAAAACAGCUUAAAUAUUCGAAGCUCACUAACAUCAUUGGUUUAUAAAAAAGCCUUGAAGCUUUCAAGCGAAGCAAGAUUGAAUAGCCCAUCGGGUGACAUAAUAAACUUGAUGUCUGUCGAUAUCAAUAGAAUAUCGUCAGCAAUGUUGAGUAUCAGUACCUUGAUUAUAGCCCCCUUUGACAUAAUUUUGGGUUUGAUUUCGUUGUGGCCAUUAUUAGGAGUGUCCACUUUUGCUGGUUUCAUAGCUAUUGUAGUGGCUUUGCCAAUUAAUGCUAUACUAGUCAAGUACAUCACGAACUGGAACCGAAAGCAAAUGAAGUUGAAGGACGAGCGAACGGGGGUAAUCAAUGAAAUCUUAACAUCAAUAAAAAGUAUAAAAUUGUUUGCGUGGGAGAAACCUAUGUUGGCCAAAUUAUCGGAGGCUAGAAAUGACCGCGAAUUAAAGAACUUGGUCAAGGUCAGAUUUUACAAUCAAGUAUCAAACUUUGUUUGGUCUUUGAUACCUAUAUUGAUGAACUUGCUUUGUUUUGGAUCCUAUGUUUUAACACAAAAGAAGCCAUUAACCUCUGACAUUGUUUUUCCUGCAUUGAGUUUAUUGAGUUUGGUCUCCAACCCUAUCUUGGAAUUUUCCGAGACAAUCAACUCUUAUAUUGAGGGGAAAGUGGCGUUGAAAAGGGUGCGCAACUUUUUGGUUAAUGAAGAACUCGAUCCGAGCGCCAUAAGCAAAAUAAAAGAUUCCAAUGAUUCCCAUGAGAAUGCAGUGGAGAUAAUCAAUGCGUCGUUUUACUGGACUAGACCGAGAUACGUUGACGAUACGGAAGUCGAAGUAGUUGCUGAUUCUCACGCGUUGAAAGAUGUGAAGUUCCAAGCUUCUACAGGAUCCUUGUCAUGUAUAAUUGGAAAAGUCGGUAGUGGGAAAACCUCUUUAUUAUAUGCACUUCUCGGUCAGAUGGUUUGCAUUAAGGGACAAUUGCCAAUCAAGCCAAUGGUAAACGUUUAUGGAUCAGUCGCUUAUUGUGCUCAGAGCCCUUGGAUUAUGAAUGCCUCUGUCAAGGAAAACGUUUUGUUUGGAUGCAAAUUUGAUCAAGAAUUCUACAAGUUAACUAUCGCCGCGUGUCAGUUAGAACAAGAUUUGAAAAUUUUGCCAGAUGGAGACGAAACACAAGUUGGUGAAAAGGGUGUCAGUUUAUCAGGUGGACAAAAGGCUAGGUUAGCUCUUGCAAGAGCAGUGUAUGCUAGGGCGGACAUUUACUUGUUGGAUGAUAUCCUAUCAGCAGUCGAUUCACAUGUGGGGAAGAAGAUUAUAGAACAAGUUCUUUCCAAAAACGGAUUGCUAGGUUCAAGAACAAUCAUCUUGUGUACAAAUCUGAUUCUGGUAUUGAAAUAUUCCGACAGCGUUACGAUGAUUGAAAAGGGACGCAUAAUCGAGUCAGUUCCAUACCUGGAAGUUGAUCAAAACCAUCAUCCUAAGAUUUAUAAUUUGAUCAAAAACUUUGGGAAUGAUACAAGUGAGAGUUCGUCAGCAACGCCACCACCACCUCCAGCAUCAAGCGAAACUGAUACUCUGGUCGUGGAAGGUGAGUUAGAAACACAGACAUUAAUGAAAUUGGAUAAAUCACGACGUGCGAGUAUUGAGUCAUUCCACUGGGAUCCUUUGCAAAAAUUAUUGCCAAAUUUGAAAUCGGGUUUGACGCAAGAAGAGAGUCAAAAGGGGAAAGUGAAGUGGGAAGUUUACAUAGCAUACAUAAAAGCUUGUUCAAUUGGAGGAAUCCUCGUGUGGUUAUGCUUCAUAAUCAUGUCGAAUCUUCUAUCAAUUGGAAGUAAUUAUUGGCUCAAACAUUGGACAGAACAAAAUUCCGAAGCUGGGGAAAAUAAGGAUAUUUGGAACUUUCUUAUAGUGUAUGCCGCGUUGGGGGUAGGUGCCACUUUUAUGACUGUUGGCCGGUCAUUAAUCAUGAGGAUGUGGCUUGGUAUAAAUGCAUCUAAAAAAAUACACAAUCAGAUGGCAAAGAGAGUUGUGGGGGCACCUAUGGAGUUUUUCGAAAGGACCCCCGUGGGGAGAAUUAUGAAUCGUUUCACCAAUGACAUAAAUAGGAUUGACGAUGGAAUUCCAGCUAUAUUCCUGGCAUUUGUUUCACAAGUAAGUCGAACUAUAUUCACGCUAAUAGUUGUUAGUCUCGCAAUUCCUGCGUAUUUUAUCCUGAUUUUAGUAUUGGGUGCCAUUUACGCUUAUUACGAAGUUUAUUACGUUGCUAUUUCGAGAGAGUUGAAGAGGUUAGUAAGUGUUUCGAGGUCUCCAAUUUAUGGUCACUUGGGUGAAAGUUUAAACGGUCUUGACACCAUUAGGGCUUAUGGGCAAAAUGACAGAUUUGAUUUCAUCAUGAAUAAAGUUGUUGAUUUCAACUUGAAAUCUCAAUAUAUGCUCACAUCGAUCAAUAGGUGGUUAUUUUUCAGAUUACAAGUUGUGGGAGGAUUAGCUGUGUUGUCGGCUUCAAUUAUGUUGAUUUUAAGUGUUCGUACAGCACACCCCUUGACUUCAUCCAUGGCAGGGUUUUUGAUGACUUAUGCACUACAAGUGACAGGCUCUUUGAGGAUUGUAGUGAGACAAUCGGCGGAAGUUGAGACGAGCAUUGUUGCAGUUGAGCGGUGUUUGGAGUACACGCAAUUGCCAGUGGAGGAAGAAGAAAGUAAAAAAGUGUUCACCCCACCUAUUGGCUGGUACAAACGUGGUGAUAUUCAGUUCACUGAUUACUCUACAAGAUACAGACAGAAUCUUGACUUAGUCUUGAAGAGCAUUCUGUUGACAGUUGCUGAAGGUGAGAAGGUAGGCGUUGUUGGUAGAACUGGAGCUGGCAAAAGUACACUUGCAUUGGCUAUUUUCAGAAUCAUCGAACCAGCGGAGGGAAACAUUGAAAUAAACAACAUCAACACAAGUGCAAUCUCCUUGUAUGAGUUGAGGCACCGUUUGAGUAUAAUUCCACAAGAUUCGCAAUUAUUCAAGGGGACAAUAAGGCAAAAUCUAGAUCCCUUUGACUAUUAUACUGAUGAUGAGAUUUGGAAAGCUUUAGAAUUAGCUCAUUUGAAAGCUCAUGUUCUUCAGCUCAAUAGCGAUGAUGUUCAUAAAAACGAUGGUAGUACCAACGAUGGUAGUACCAACGAUGCCUUGAAGCUCACUAAUGACCAGCUAUUUUGCAAAGUGCUUGAAGGCGGUUCCAACUUUUCAGCAGGUCAGAGACAGCUAAUGUCACUCGCAAGAGUGUUGUUGAAGAUGAAUGAUUCAAAGAUUCUUGUUCUCGAUGAAGCCACUGCAGCUGUUGAUGUGGAGACAGACAAAAUCAUUCAAGAAACGAUUCGUCAGGAGUUCAAAGACAAGACCAUCAUUACUAUAGCACAUAGGCUAGAGACAGUAAUGGACAGUGACAAGAUACUAGCAUUAAACGAUGGACAAGUUGCAGAGUUUGACACUCCAAGCCAUCUUUUACUGGCCAAACGUGGGGUAUUUUAUAGCUUGUGUGAACAAGGAGGUUACAUAUAG